UUCCCGUGGGGCGGGGGACCCGCGGCGCACGCAGUCGGGAUAUUCUGCUGCAGCCGCGAAGCCGGGGGCCAGGAGCUGGAGCAGGAGCGGCAGCCGGGAUCGCAACCCGCCGGCCCGCUGCAGUCAUGGGCAACCGCGGGAUGGAAGACCUCAUCCCUCUGGUCAAUCGGCUACAGGACGCCUUCUCCGCCAUCGGCCAGAACGCGGACCUCGACCUGCCGCAGAUCGCCGUGGUGGGCGGCCAGAGCGCCGGCAAGAGCUCGGUGCUGGAGAAUUUCGUGGGCAGGGACUUCUUGCCCCGAGGGUCUGGCAUCGUCACACGACGUCCCCUGGUUCUGCAGCUGGUUAAUUCUACCACAGAAUAUGCCGAGUUCCUGCACUGCAAGGGGAAGAAAUUCACCGACUUCGAGGAGGUGCGCCUGGAGAUCGAGGCUGAGACUGACCGGGUCACCGGCACCAACAAAGGCAUUUCGCCGGUGCCCAUCAACCUGCGGGUCUACUCGCCCCACGUGCUGAACCUGACUCUAGUGGACCUGCCUGGAAUGACCAAGGUUCCGGUGGGGGACCAACCUCCCGACAUCGAGUUUCAGAUCCGGGACAUGCUUAUGCAGUUCGUCACUAAGGAGAACUGCCUUAUCCUGGCUGUGUCCCCGGCCAAUUCGGACCUGGCCAACUCGGAUGCCCUCAAGAUCGCCAAGGAGGUGGAUCCCCAGGGUCAGCGCACCAUUGGGGUCAUCACCAAGCUGGACCUGAUGGAUGAGGGCACCGAUGCUCGGGAUGUGCUGGAGAACAAGCUGCUCCCUCUGCGCAGAGGCUACAUCGGAGUGGUGAACCGCAGCCAAAAGGACAUAGACGGCAAGAAGGACAUCACAGCCGCCUUGGCUGCUGAGCGCAAAUUCUUUCUUUCUCACCCAUCCUACCGCCACCUGGCUGACCGCAUGGGCACGCCCUACCUGCAGAAGGUCCUCAACCAGCAACUGACCAACCACAUCCGGGACACACUGCCGGGGCUUCGGAACAAACUGCAGAGCCAGCUGCUGUCCAUUGAGAAGGAGGUGGACGAGUACAAGAACUUCCGACCGGACGACCCAGCGCGCAAGACCAAGGCCUUGCUGCAGAUGGUCCAGCAGUUUGCAGUUGACUUCGAGAAGCGCAUCGAAGGUUCUGGAGACCAGAUCGACACUUACGAACUGUCCGGUGGAGCCCGCAUUAACCGGAUCUUCCACGAACGCUUUCCUUUUGAGCUGGUUAAGAUGGAGUUUGAUGAGAAGGAACUCCGAAGAGAGAUCAGCUAUGCCAUCAAGAACAUUCAUGGCAUCAGGACGGGCCUCUUCACACCUGACCUCGCUUUUGAAGCCACAGUGAAAAAGCAGGUGCAGAAGCUUAAAGAGCCCAGUAUCAAGUGUGUGGACAUGGUAGUCAGUGAACUCACAUCCACCAUCAGAAAGUGUAGCGAAAAGCUCCAGCAAUACCCACGUCUUCGGGAGGAGAUGGAGCGUAUAGUGACCACCCACAUCCGGGAACGCGAGGGCCGCACCAAGGAACAGGUCAUGCUUCUCAUCGACAUCGAGCUGGCUUACAUGAACACCAACCAUGAGGACUUCAUAGGCUUUGCCAAUGCUCAGCAGAGGAGCAACCAGAUGAGUAAGAAGAAGACUUCAGGGAACCAGGAUGAGAUUCUGGUCAUCCGGAAGGGGUGGCUGACCAUCAACAACAUUGGCAUUAUGAAAGGAGGCUCCAAGGAGUACUGGUUCGUGCUGACUGCUGAGAACCUGUCCUGGUACAAGGAUGACGAGGAGAAAGAGAAGAAGUACAUGCUAUCUGUGGACAAUCUGAAGCUUCGUGAUGUGGAGAAAGGAUUCAUGUCAAGCAAGCAUAUUUUUGCCCUCUUCAAUACAGAGCAGAGGAAUGUCUACAAGGAUUACCGGCAGCUGGAGCUGGCCUGUGAGACACAGGAGGAGGUGGACAGCUGGAAGGCUUCCUUCCUGAGGGCUGGCGUGUACCCUGAGCGUGUUGGGGACAAGGAGAAAGCCAGUGAGACCGAGGAGAACGGCUCUGAUAGCUUCAUGCACUCCAUGGACCCUCAGCUGGAGCGGCAGGUGGAGACCAUUCGGAACCUGGUGGAUUCGUACAUGGCCAUCGUUAACAAGACUGUGCGGGACCUUAUGCCCAAGACCAUCAUGCACCUCAUGAUCAACAAUACCAAGGAGUUUAUCUUCUCCGAGCUGCUGGCCAACCUGUACUCUUGCGGGGACCAGAACACUCUCAUGGAAGAAUCGGCCGAGCAGGCUCAGCGGCGCGACGAGAUGCUGCGCAUGUACCACGCACUGAAGGAGGCGCUCAGCAUUAUCGGCGACAUCAACACGACCACCGUCAGCACGCCCAUGCCCCCGCCCGUGGACGACUCCUGGCUGCAGGUGCAGAGCGUACCGGCCGGACGCAGAUCGCCCACGUCCAGCCCCACGCCGCAGCGUCGAGCCCCCGCCGUUCCCCCAGCCCGGCCCGGGUCGCGGGGCCCUGCUCCUGGGCCUCCGCCUGCUGGAUCCGCCCUGGGGGGGGCGCCCCCCGUGCCCUCCAGGCCGGGGGCUUCCCCUGAUCCCUUCGGCCCCCCUCCCCAGGUGCCCUCGCGCCCCAACCGCGCCCCGCCUGGGGUUCCCAGAAUCACUAUCAGUGACCCCUGAGGAGUGUCAGCUACGCCAGCCGAUCGGGUCAGGCAAGUCCAUCCCGUCCUGAGAGCCCCAGGCCCCCCUUCGACCUCUAACCAGAUCCCUUCUACUCCUCGGAGACUUCCCUUACCAAGCCUGCCUGGACAGCUGUUCUGUGACUUGACAGUGGCUCCCCCGGCCCUAAAGCGUGUUCCCUUCAUCUGUGACUUAGUCUGUUGUAGUGGUGAGCUACACAUCCAGAUGUGAUGCUGGUGAAAACUUGUGCCCUCUGUGGUAUUGCUCCUGCGACAUUCUAUAAAUAUCUAUAAAUAUACCUAUAUAUAUAUAUAUACACAUACAUAUAUAUGGCUGACACAGCCUCGCCUGUAGUAUCAGAAUCAACCAUCAUGCUGUCCUUGUGGAGUCUUGUGGUCCAACUACAAGGGAACACUGUCACUCUGACCCUCCUCCAAUGUGCCACCUCCAGUGAGCUUCUCUGUCCUCUUGGCCUGUGGACGGCCACCCCCUUGGCCAUCCCCACCCUGCAGCAUGGGGAUGCUGCACCAGCAGCUGUAUGGUUCUCAUAGCCACCAGUCUUGCUGUCUUGGCUGAGAAUAAAAUCCAUUUCCGGAUGA